CAAAAUGUCGAAGGAUAAAGCUAAAAGCUUAUAAAUAAGCGGGACAACGAUAAAAGCACGUGCUUGAGCGGUUUCUAAAUAAUAAUCCGCAAUAUCGCGUAAUAUUGCAAUAUUUUAUAUAUAUUUGCAUGUAAUUUUUGUAUAAAUGCGUCACGCUCAUGCACGUGUUUUAUCAUUUUUAGGUGAAAUCGUCGGCGAUAUUGGCGUACUUACUUUGAAUGCGGAGGCACGUAUAGAGAACGCGAAAAAAAUGAAAGAUGCAGAUGCUAUAAAGGCAAAGAAGAAAAAUGCGAGUAUUUUGUUAGAGAACACGAGGAUUUGCCCAUUUAGAUGGAUGAAGAAUUUAUAUUUGUGUUUUUAUUGUGACCAACAAUUUACUGAUCCAGCUAUUCUGAGGCACCAUAAUAGUUUGGAUCAUAAUUCACAAUCAUUGAUGCAAGUAAAAGCGGCAUUAUCUAGACUUAAAAAGCAUGAAUUAGUUAAAGCAGACGUAUCAGAUUUGAGUUGCAAACUAUGUGUUACGCGAAUAAAUAAUUUCGAAAAUAUAAAAACACAUUUAAUCGAAAAACAUGGUGCAAACUUGGACAUGAACUCGCAAGAUGGUGUUCUGCCAUUUAAAAUUAGUAAGAAUAACUUUCCAUGUGCUAUUUGUGAGGAAAAAUUCGAUGAGUUCAAAACUCUUAAUCAUCACAUGAACACGCAUUAUCAAAAUUUUAUUUGCGAACAAUGUGGCUCAGGUUUUAUGACACCAGAUCGUUUGCGGACUCACGCUUUCUCUCACGAAACAGGAGCCUUUGCUUGUGAAAUUUGUGAUAAAGUAUUUCGAUCUAUGAAUGCGAAAAAUGAGCACUACGCUACGGUACAUAAGAAAGUCAAACGUCACCGGUGCCCGUACUGUCCUGAGACAUUUCGAAAUUACUUUCAAAGGAACAAACAUAUUUCAACGAUACACGGUAUGAAAUUAAAAGAAUUCAAAUGUUCGCUGUGCCCGAAAGUGUUUACGUCGAGCGGGAAAAUUGGCGUGCAUGUACGAACAGUGCAUUUAAAAAUGAAAAGACACGCUUGUGAUGUGUGCGAAUGGAAAUUUUAUUCAAAAUCGGAAUUAAAGGAACACAUGAUUCGGCAUGGCGGUGAAAGAAAAUUUCAAUGUAAUAUUUGCAAGAAAGCCUACGCUAGAAAAUAUACUCUGAGAGAGCAUAUGAGGAUACACGAAAACGAUAGGCGAUUCGUUUGCACGAUUUGUGGUGGAUCGUUUGUUCAGAAAUGCAGCUUAAAGCAUCAUGUCAAAGUUAAUCAUCCAUCGGUUAAGACGAAUGAAUUCCAAAAUCUUUGGGUAUGGACUAAUCUGCACCUAAUAAUAACACCUAAAUACACUGCAUGUUCGAGAUAUUCGGGUGAAAAUACAAAGAAUUUGUUUCUGUUUUUAGGAAUGGACUCUAUAUCGACGGAAAAACAGACGCCGGCAAAACGGAUAGUACCACUGUUUCAAGUGGCUUACGAUCGAAGUCUUUGCAAACCUUUGGGGACAGUGACAGCUUUUCGAAAAUUGCGCCUUAAGAGCCAGUCUAAUAUGCCAACUUCUCCUGCUGUAAGAAAUAAUACGCCAUCCCGUAGCCCGUCACCAAUCUCACUGGGAAGGAGAAGUGUAACGCCAGUCAAAAGUGUCAUCUCUGUCUUACCCACACCGAAAAUAAUGAAAAAGCAAGCUGACUAUCGCCAGAAUGCAUUAACUGUUUUCGAAUUCUCAACCGUCUAUCCAUUUAUUUAUGGGAACAAUAAAUUUAAAUGCUUCAUUUGCUCUCAACCUUUUCUCGAAACUUCUCUUUUGAGACAACAUAUGAAUGAAAAUCAUACGUUUGCACCAUUGAAAAGAUUACUAAAUAAUCGAAGGGAGAACGUGUUGAAGGUAGAUGUCGGCGAGUUGAUGUGUAAAUUGUGUUCAGUGAAGCCGAAGGAUUUAUUACAGCUAAAGUUUCAUUUGAAAGAAGACCAUCAGAAACCUAUAGAUCCAGAUUUACAGGAUAACAUGAUACCGUUUAAAUUAGAAGAAGAGGAUGGUUCCUAUAAGUGUGUUAUAUGUGACCAAUUAUUUAUAAAAGUCCGUAUACUCGUUAUACAUAUGAGUGUCCAUUUUAAUAAUUACAGCUGCGAAAUUUGUGGUUCAGGAUUUAUGACGUUGCGACUCUUAAAGAAGCAUUUAGAAGUUCACGAAACCGGCAAUUUCCCUUGUGAUAGAUGUAACAAAGUCUUCAGCACGACUCAUAAGAGAUCGCUUCAUAUACGAGGCGUUCAUCUCAAACAGUACCCUCGCCGUUGUCCGAUAUGUCCGGAGCGUUUCAAUUCGAAUUACAGGCGAACGAUCCAUCUUCAAGACGUACACAAUCAAUCGACCAGAGUACAUAAAUGUGAGACCUGCGGUCGCGGAUUCAAUCUCAAAUAUCAUUUGAUUUGUCAUACACGAUCGGUUCAUUUGCAGGAGCGAAACCAUCAGUGUAAAGUUUGUUUGCAAAGGUUCUGCAAUAAAGAAACUCUAAAACGUCAUAUGGUUAUACAUACAGGCGAAAAAAAUCAUAAAUGUGAAAUGUGCGGCAUGGCAUUCCUGCGGAGAAAGAAUUUGAAAGACCAUUUGAGGUUACACGAAGUACGCGAUUCGACGCGCAUCAUCGUAGAAACAAAUUCAUCGAUUUUAUUAAAAGACGAUGACGGCUGUGAAAUAAAACUUAAGCUUCUAAAGAAUCCAAUUAAUAUUAAAAAUCUUAUUUGUGAAUACGAAGACGAUACAGAAGUAAUAAAUAAACGAUUAGAGGAAGAUGAUAUUCAGACAGAUAAAAAAUUAAACACGUGUGAAAAGAAAGAAAUUAAAAUGAUAAAAUUACCCACAGUUUCCAUGUUAAAAGAACCUUUGCUGCUAAAUGAUAUACCAGAUCAGAAAAGUGGUAUAAAAUCGGUUGUAUUUAAUGUAAAAACUGUGAAAAAUAGACCUUGUGGUAACUUAAAAAAAAGGAACACAUUUGACUAUCAUAAAUGGAAGCAAAAUGCAAUAACUCUUAUUGAAUUUUCGUACGUGUAUCCCUUCAUUCAUGCCAGUAACAAAUAUAAAUGUUUUGUCUGUGCAAAAGCGUUCCUGGAGGCAGUUCUUUUAAGAGAGCAUUCAACGGGGGUUCAUACAAUUAAGGAUUUCAGACAAGAACUGAAUAACAGAGUCCGAGAUAAAAAUCUAAAAGUAGACGUUACAAUUUUGCAAUGCAAAUUAUGUCAAUCAGUUUCUCCUAAUAUUUAUUCGUUAAAAGUUCACCUGAAAGGUCAUGGCAUUAAAAUAGAUCCUGAUUUUCAAGAUAAUAUUAUUCCAUUUAAAUUGGAAGAGGACAUUUUCCAGUGUCAAUUAUGCAAUGAAACUUACCUCAAGCUACGUUUACUGAUAAUACACAUGAGCAAACACUUCAAUAAUUACAGCUGUGAAAUAUGUGGAUCCGUUUUUAUAUCAUUGCAUCUCCUAAAGAGGCAUUUGCAAACACAUAAAAUCGGACAUUAUCCCUGUGAAAUAUGCGACAAGGUCUUCAGUAAUUCUGCAAAGAGAACAAUGCACACGAGAGGCGUACAUUUAAAGCAAUAUCCACGAACGUGUCCGAUUUGUCCGGAAAGAUUCAAUUCGAACUAUCAGAGAACAAAGCACUUGCGUAUCGUCCACAAUCAAAGUUCUGAAUUGUUCAAGUGUGAAACCUGCGGCCGAGAGUACGAUCUUAAGUAUCAGUUGUUGGUGCAUAUAAGAUCUGUUCACAUGCAGGAAAGAAACCACAAGUGUGGUAUUUGUCAUUCGCGAUUUUUCUCGAAAUAUUGUUUGUCCAGACAUAUGGUGAUUCAUACUGGUGACAAGAAUUUUAAAUGUGAGAUCUGUGGAAAGGCGUACGCAAGAAGUAAGAAUUUGAAAGAGCACAUCAAAUCCCAUGACGUUGGGGAAGUGUCUACGAUUUGCGGUGAAGAUUAUAAUGGUCGCACAACUUUGGCUACCCAUCUGAAUAUUUCUCAAUGAGUACUUAACUGAUUCUUUUAAUUACAUAAUAAAAUAUAAAGAUAAUUAAUCUCAAU